AAAAGAAACUAAUAAAUGUCGAGUGCUGAAUGUUUUUAUUUGCUGAACGCGACUAAUGCACGUAACGUUCCUAAGUUCUGAUUGGUCGAAAUUUAUGCUAUGCACAUUCAUGUAGGUUGCACAUCUUUCUUAUGCUUAUGUUAUGUUAUAUCUAUGUUCUAUGCAUUUCAUGUGUGAGGGCCCUGAUGAACACAGAUCGUCGCUGACAACUUUCCUAACCUCUCAUACCUAGUUAAAGUACAGAGGAUUCAUAUCUCGUUUUGUGAAGUUCAGUGACGAUUUUAUUUUUCAUAUUCGGUUUCUCGCGUCAUAUAUAAGAUAGGCGAGUUUCAGCAAAAUUGAAGGCAGUGAUAAUCUUCUAAAUAAUAACCCAGGAAAUUAUUAUUGUGUAGUUCGACCACGUUAUAGAAAAAUUCUUUAUUAAAAUGAGUAAAGCUGAGAUGAAUAAUGAGAUUGUUUUAUUGCGUCAUACAGUUCGCCAAGCACGUGUUUGCAUAGUGAAUAAACUCAUCAGAGAAGCUAAACUCCUAAGAGAUAAAAAUGGAAAUGAAAAACAACGGGAAAAGAAUAAAAGAAAAGCUGAUAAGCUUAUUGCAGAAGUUCACGCGCUGAAAACGAUCAGAGAUGAUGAAAUUUCUAAAUUUGGUAUUAUGAAUAAAAAAGAAGUGAAAAAUAUAUUGCAGGAUUCAUCUUCAAGUAACAGAAACCGUAUCAUUGCAAGAGUGGUAGAUUAUAAAUCUCUCAGUAGAAGACUAAUACAAUUCAAAGAAAAAUUUCCAGAUUAUGAAAUAUAUUUAUUGGAAGGAAAGAAGAAACAUGAAAGUAAAAAAAUGAAAGUUAACAAAGUGAAUUCAACAAAAGACAUAAAAGCCUUGGCAGAAAAUCAUCAGCAUUCUCAAUGUGAAAAUUCAGAGAAAUCAAAUAUUAAUUCCAAUGAAAUUGAAGAUUUCGAACACCACUCUAAAGAUAAAGAAAUCUGUGAAAACAUAUGUGAGAAAAAACAUAAAUUGCUUAAACACAAAAAGUUAUCAAAUGAUGAAAAUAUAGCUUUGUUUAGUGAUAAGUUACCACAGCUAGUAGAAGAUAAUAUAUUAGAGGAUGUAAAUAAACAAUCACCCGCAAUUAAACUAUGCAGUGUUACGAAGGAAGCUACAGUAAAACGAUUUGUAGAGCUUUCAAAAGAGCAAGAUUCUGCUACAGAUGUACAAACAUUAAAUCCUGAUCACGAAGAUACAGCAACUAUGCAAGUACAACCAGUCAAUGAUUUCUUUAUUACAGAAGACAAUCAAAGUUAUCAAGAGAAAUAUACCAAUGCUUCAAAUUUGUAUACGAAAUUUGAUACUCCAGCCAGAAUACUUCGUUCAAGUAAUCAAAUCAAAACGCAAAAUGCAAGGUCUGAGAAUAAUAUAAAAAAAAAUAAAACCCAAAACCAUAAUCAGUUAAAGAAACAAUUGAGAAGAGAGAAGAUGGUUGACCAUAAUAAACAUUUAAAUAAACAAUCUACUUCUAUUAAACAAGAAAAAAGAACAUCUGAUAGGAUCAAUAAGAGCAUAAACAAGAAUAAUCCAAACAAUGCCAAUGACAAAGGAAAAACUAUUGAUUUGCAUCCAUCCUGGUUGGCUAAGAAAAAGCAGCAGGAAGUAAUGAGUCGAGGAUUUCAAGGAAAGAAGAUUGUAUUUGCGGAUGAUUAAAUAAUUAUGGUUUUCUAUAUUUUUAACAAUUUACAAGUUGCUCUCAGAAAAAAGAAAGAGGAAAAAUAAACUGCAAGCUUUGUAUGGCACAUUUUGCAUACAAUGGACAUAACGAUCAUGCAACUAUUGAGUAAAAAUCACCUAAUUGGUACAUAUCUUUAGAUUUAUUAAUUAUAUCUUUCUUUUGAAAAUCGAUUACUCAAUCGUUAUGCUUAUUGUAUGCAGCUAUUGCUCGUUUAUAAUGUGCAUUUGCUUUGUUGAAAA